AGAUCCACCCCGGCAGCCGGCGCACAUUCGUAUCGAAAGCACAUCAUCAUAGCGAUUGUUACUACUGUUUUUGUUCGCUCGUUUACACCGUUUUUAUUUCCCCCUUUUUUUGGUUCUGGAACGGUACUCCUCGUGACGGCGAUUUCAACGAUUCUAAUUAGCAGACUUUGCGCUUCCGCCACCUCCUUUGUAUUCACAUUUCAGCGUUCGCUGAGCCGUCCGAUUGAGCUCGAGCUGCCGCAGGACGAAGAUCGAGGCUUCUCGCUCUCGCCAACGUGAGCGUCUGACCGCAAAGCUGGUGUCAUUUCUCCUCCCUUCUCCUCUGUACUGCGCCGUUUCUCCUUUGUCUCUUCAUCUUAUGUACUCUAACUUACAUGGAUAAAACAGCGACCUCUCUUCUCACUUCCUUAGCAAUUCGAAUAGUAGCAGUGAGAGAAAAGAAUAUACAUAUAUAUUGAUUUGUUCGUUUGCUUCUAUCGUCUCCGUCGUAGCGAAUCUUCUCCCUCCUCUCCGCCUUUCGUGCUUGCCGACAAGUCCAUCAACACGCAGACCUCAUCACAACUGGAAAAGGAAAGAAAAACACGAUGAUGCGGGCCGCCGGCAGACUUCUGCCAGGCCGCAGCGCUUUCCUUCUUGCGGCUUGCCAGACGGCUCCACGGCGCUGCUUCACCACCUCCUCUCUUCUCUAUGGAGCUGUCAUUCCCUAUAAGCUGGCGGACAUCGGAGAAGGCAUCACCGAGGUGCAGGUGCUGAACGUGCGCGUGAAGGCGGGGGACCGAAUAGAGGAGUUCGAUCCGAUUUGCGAGGUGCAGAGCGACAAGGCUACGGUGGACAUCACGUCGCGCUACUCCGGCGUGGUGAAGGCGGUACACAUCGUGAAGGGCCAAACCGCACAUGUUGGGCAGACUAUCAUUGACAUUAACACCGACGACGGCCCGGCGGAGGCACCAGCGGCGGAGGCACCACCACCGCCUGCUGCUGCUCCACCAGCUGCUACUGCUGCCUCCACUGGUGCUGUGACUGGUGGAGCUGCCAUCCCCUAUAAGCUGGCGGACAUCGGAGAAGGCAUCACCGAGGUGCAGGUGCUGAACGUGCGCGUGAAGGCGGGGGACCGAAUAGAGGAGUUCGAUCCGCUUUGCGAGGUGCAGAGCGACAAGGCUACGGUGGACAUCACGUCGCGCUACUCCGGCGUGGUGAAGGCGGUGUACGUGGAGGCCGGCACGACAGCGAAGGUCGGGUCUGUGCUUCUCGACAUCGUGCCGGAGGGACACGAGGCAGCACCGUCGAACAGCGCCGCGCAGCAGCAGUCACCGUCAUCGCCGUCGUCGCACCCUGCCGCCGCUGACGCCGGCGGGAGAGGUGGGGGGAAGGCGCUCGCCACGCCUGCAACGCGGUUUCUCGCGAGGGAGCACAAGGUGGAUCUCGCGCGCGUGCCGGCAACUGGUAAGGGUGGACGAGUCACGAAGGAGGACGUUCUCCGCUUCGUGGCCGGUGGUCCUGCGACUGCUUCCGCGCCGGUUGCCGCAACGACUGCGGCGGCUCCGACAAGCGCAGCAACGCCGACCGGUACAACGGUUUCCGGCCUUGUCACCGAACCCGGUGACACCGUCGUGCCCAUCGUCGGUGUUCGUCGUGGCAUGGUGAAGACGAUGACGCAGGCGGCCGCCAUUGCCACCUUCACCUUCAGCGAGGAUUACGAGCUGACGCGGCUGAUCGCCAUGCGUGCGGCGCUGAAGGACGUGGUGAAGGAGCGGAGUCAAGGCAAGGUGAAGCUGUCCUUCAUGCCCUUCUUUUUGAAGGCGGCUUCCAUCGCCAUGCGGCAGCACCCCGACAUCAAUGCGCACUGCCCGCCGGACUGCGCCGCGACGAUCCGCCGGGCGGCGCACAACUUCGGCUUCGCGAUGGACACUCCAAACGGUCUCAUCGUGCCGGUUAUCCACCACGUGGAGCAGAAGUCUGUGCUCGAAAUUGCGAUGGACAUGCAGGCCCUCAUCGAGCGGGGCAAGGCGAACCGGCUGACGACCACGGACAUGAGCGGCGGCACCUUCACCUUGAGCAACAUCGGCGCAAUUGGGGCGACGACGACGACGCCGGUGCUGCUGCCACCGCAGGUGGCGAUUGCCGCGAUUGGGCGGCUGCAGAAGCUGCCGCGCUUCGAUGCGAAAGGCAGCGUGUACCCGGCGAACCUGGUCUGCAUCUCGUUCACUGCGGACCACCGCGUCGUCGACGGCGCCAGCAUGGUGCGCUUUGCGAACACGUACAAGGAGCUGCUGGAGAACCCGGACAACUUCCUGGUUGACCUGCGGUGA